AUGAAAAAUAGUCAGAAAUUAAGUGGCAAUCAAAAAAUUUAACAAAUAUACAACUAUGAGGAGAUGCUUGAAUAGGAAGAGAUGUCAAAAUAACUUAAAAAUCAGUUAAUAGUUAUAUUAAACACUUCAAAUGAAUAGAUUUCGGUCAAGGAUGCAGUUGAAGCAAUUAAAUCUGAAAAUAUUCUAGAAGCUCAUAAAGCAUUAAUUUAAUUGAGAAAGACCUUGUCUAAUUUUGAUUAAGCAGAAAUAUUUACUAAUGAACUUCACAUACAUAAUAAAAUUGGAAGCUACAUGUUAAAUUAAUUGUAUAUAUUAGAAAUCAUCUCCAUUUUUGCAGGAGGAAAGAGUGAUAUUUCAAGAAUAAUCUUUGAAAAUGGAAUUGUUUAACUGGCUUUGUCCAUUUUGCAAAAUGACAACCCAGAAUUAUCAAUGUUGCUAAUGGUCAUAUUGGGCAAAUUGGCAGGGGAUUCAAUCUAAUACAGAGAUUGCAUACUUCAAGCCUGUAAUUUGGAUAGAAUUAUAUUAAAAAUGGAACUAAGAUACGAAGCAACCUACGUCUGGUGUUUGGCAAAUUUAUGUAUUGGAAGACCCAGUCCAAAAUUUGAAAUGAUAAGACCAGCCUUUAAUAUAUUCGCUAAAGUAAUUAUAUACGAACCCACACAAACUAAUAUCAAAAUGAUGAAUGAUGCAAUCUGGGCACUUGGUUAUAUGUUGGAUGGGGAACCCUCUCGAAUAACUAUACUAAUAGAUCAAGGAAUUGUCAGUAGGUUGAUAGAAUUGAUGCAUCAAUGCAACUUUGUUUCCAUUUUAAGAAUUUUUGAAUGUAUUUUUCAAGGGAAUCAAGAAUAAAUUCGUUUUUUAUUGGAUUGUGGCUUCCUAUCACAAAUUAGAAAUAUUCUUGAUCCCAAGAGUCGAGAAAAGAGUAGCAAUAUGAUUUAAACAUUUGCUGCAACCGAAACCUUAUUCAAAGUAUUGUCUAAUCAGAAUUUCUUAAUAUCGUUAUUUAAUUCUUUAUAAGAUCAGAAUUCAGAACUCAGAGGAGAUGCUUUAGAAAUUAUUGGUAAUGCGGUAUAACAUGGGACUAAUGAGGACGUAAAUCAAAUGGUUAAGAAUAAACUCAUUUAGAGUGUUUUAUAAAUGUUAGAGUUAGCAUAAAUAAUGGAAAUACCAUCUAUUCAUCUUAAAAAAGGAUUAGAAAUUCUAAUUAAAAUACUGCGGAAAGGUGAAAUCAGAUCAAAAGAUAGGUAGAACAAUUAGUAUUUUACAGUAUUCAUGCAAAUUAAUGGAAAUGAUGUAAUAUAAAAGCUAUUAUCCAAUAAAUAGGAUGACGUUGAGAAAUAUGCUUACAUCUUUAAAUAGGAAUUCACCUUAUGA